AUUGCCCCUAAGACGACCCACUGACCCAUACAGCUUCUUUUUAUUGCUAGGAAGGUAAUGUUUUUUUACAUUGCAAUUAAAAAAUGGUUGGAAACGAAGAAAGCAACAAAAAGAAUGGACCAACAAACGGCUUAGUCAAAAAUGGUAUCAAAAAUAUACAAUUUAUGGCUCACAUCACUGACCUGGACUUAAGCAAUGGAAAAAUAUCAAGUCUUGAUGAAAACAUGAAACUGCCGCACAAUAUACUUCAUCUAAAACUAUCUCACAACAAAUUAACUGAAGUGCCUCCCAAUGUAUUAAAAUUGGAUAAUUUAAAAAGUCUAGACCUUUCUUUUAACUCAAUAGAGUUGUUUAACGACAAACCAAGCUUCUGUCAUAGUUUAGAACGGCUCAACUUAUCAAAUAAUAAUCUUAAAGGACCUCCUUUGUGGGUUUGGAAAGAAAACCCAAAUAAAUUAGUUUAUAUGAAUUUAAGUAAUAAUGAAAACAUAUGCCAGUCUUUUGAAAAUGGUGUUUUUGAAGAGAUUGUAGAGAUUAAAAUUUCAGUGGAGGAAAUAGAUGUGCAUAAUUGUAGACUUAGUAAACAUGUGAAGUUUAUGGCCACAUUCUCUCAGGCUAAAGUUGUGAUAUUAGGCAGUGAGGACUACAGACUCAUUAAAAAUGAUUUGGAUCACUUACCAUGUGCUGGCCUUGACGAGUGCCACCAAGUAGAGAAACUAGAUCUCAUUAAUACUCAGAUAUACAACAUUAAUUGUACUAUAGAUAUUUAUAAGAAUUUAAAAGAACUAAAUCUGUCUCAAAACAAUAUUUCUAGUCUACCUGAUGAGUUUGGUAAUUUAAUGAGUUUGGAGACUUGCAUCCUGUCAUACAAUCAUAUUCUUUACCUGCCUGAUACUAUGUACAAAUUAAAAAAAUUAGUAACUCUGAAAUUAGAUGACAAUAAACUAUGUAUGCUUCCUGAAAAAUUACAUGAAAUAUCUAGUCUGAAAAACCUGGAUCUGUACAAUAACAACUUAUGUGAAGGUUUAGAUAGGAUGAACAAUUUUGAAGAACUGGAUUUUGCUCAAAACUACUUUGAAGAACCUAAUCAUGAAGAAUAUUUGGUGAAAAAAGCUAAGUUACGAGCAAACUACAGUGACAGAGUCGAUGGAAGAAAACCUGAAGUUGUAAAUGACGAUAGUGAUCGCAGUUCUGAUGAAGAUGACGAUGAGCUCUUAGCUUUAACAAACAAUGAUAGUGAAGGUUGCAACAGCAAACAAGAAAUGGUUGACUCCCGUUCCAGUUCACCUGAAGAUUGGGACUCCGACAGUUAUUGGAUUCCCCAGUACUUCAAGACAGUUACCCCACACACUUCUCGGUGGCAAGUCUUCGUCGCGAAGAAGAUGGCAGAAGGAAACUUCUGUCCUAUGGAUGCCCAUGUGAUUUCUAUAAGUGAUCAAGUGAAGUAUAAGAAAAUGUGCAACCCUGAAGUAAUGUACGAGUCAGAUGGGCAGUUUGAUGAUGAUUAUUCUGACGAUGAAAACUGAUACAUAUCUAACAUUUUGACAUAGUACUAUAUUAGUACUAUUUUUUUUCGAAUGGACUGCUUUUUUUCAUGGUGUCUUGAUCUUUUGUUUUUCUUUUUUUUUUUCUUUUGUACUUUAUGUUUUUAAAGUAAAAUUCAGUGAUGCACACUCAAGUCUAACCGUUACACCCAGAAACUGAGUUUUCUGAAACAGAUUUUAUUGUGCCAUAAUAUAAUUUUACUAUUAGGUAAAGACAGAACUAGUUGGCUCCCAAUAUUUUUUCACAUUGGGAACUCCUCUAAGUAAAUCUGUAAAAAUAGCAUCAAUGCUAUGAAAUGUGAUAGCAUUUCUUGUAACUUUUUUUUGUAAAGUACAGUCUAUGGAGGUACAAACUAUAAAAUAAUUUCAGCUUCUACAUUGAAAUCAUGGUUUUAGUAAAACAGAUGUUCAAACAAAGGAAUGUUUUAGUUAUACAUAGCUCUAUAAUAAACAAGUCACACAGUUCA